AUGUGCUCGGAAAGUAAACAGGUGGUAGGAAGUCCCUCUCCAAUUCCAGGAAUUUCCGAAGAAAAGUUUCAAAUUCUUUGUCUGAAAGCAGUUCAGGCAAAGGAGAAUUCGUACUGUCCUUACUCACAAUUUCCGGUUGGAUGUGCUCUUUUGACAGAGGAUAAUACAAUUUACACGGGCGUUAAUGUGGAAAAUGCUAGCUAUGGUGGGGCGAUAUGUGCGGAAAGGACAGCAAUCGUGAAGGCAGUAAGUGAAGGUCAUAGAAAGAUUAAAGCCUUAGCUGUCUCUACCAAUUCAAGCAAAUGCUCCUCUCCUUGCGGAAUAUGCAGACAGGUAAUACGUGAAUUCUCAGAGAGUGAUCUUAAAUUACCCAUUAUCAUGCUUGAUAAAAAUGGGAAGAAAUACAUAGAAAUGACGAUUGAUGAGCUUCUACCAUUGAGUUUCGGUCCCGAUGAUCUCGAGAAAUAA